AUGCUGGGCGUGAAGCUUUUUGGAAUUGGACGUUGGGCGUCUAUCUCUCAGUUGUUGCCGGGUCGUACGUCGAACGCCACUAAGAUGCGUUAUCGGUCUUUGAGUUCUGCAUCAGAAAAAACGAGAAAGAUUGACGCCGACGCCGAGGGCAAGGCUCGCAAUCGCAGAUUGCGCUAUUCGUUUAAGGGCGCCAACUUCCCAAAAUCGUCUUUAGAGUCGAAGAAGGCAAAGUCAUGUAAGAGGCUUCCGGAGGACACGCGGGAAACAGUCGCGCUUCAGCUGGAGCAAGUUCGCAUUGCACGUGAAAAAUUGGAAGCUGACAGCAAACUUCCUAUGAAGUUGGUGAAAAAGCAUCGGUUUCUACCUCCAAACGAAGUCAGCGUGAAGGCAUAUCGAAAAUUAAUUGAUUACAAGAAAGUUCUCUUCGACACUGUUAACGAAGCUGCCGGGAACACACUGUGUCAUUCGCAAUCCGCAGUAUCGGCACCAGAAAAGUCCGCUUCAAGCACCAUUGAAGUAGUGGCAUCGACUUCACAGGAACCAGACGAAAGUGAAGAAGACGAAGAUCCCUUCAGUUUAUAUAACCUGGCAUUCGACUCAUCGUUCUUCUGGGCAGCACUGUUAAAUAAUAUAGCGAAAGCCAAGUCAGGGACGACAGAUGGCGGUGGUGACAGCAUUGAUGAAGAACAUGUAGUCGACGACAGUAGUGUUGAAGAAAAUGAUGACUGUAACGUCACUGAAGAGGAAGGAAGUGACCCACCUGCCACUCAUGGUAUUGACGCCAUCGAAAAUUAUACCGGCUUGGUCGUCCGCCAGGCCCGGGAUACCAAGGGCCGCGGGGGCUGUUUGGGGUGUGAGGCAGACUACGAAAGGUCGGCUAUCAAAACCUGCUCAUCGCCCUCUGCCAGUCGGGAGCGUAGCAGCAGAGCAACAGCCGAAAAAGAUCGAUGGAACGACGAUGAACAUAACAGCCAGCUACAGAGUCGCAAGCCGUUAUGA